AUGAGUCAAUGCACCUCGUUGUUGACACCUGCUAGUAUGAUUGGAAUGGAACAUAUUCAGGCGAUUAUGCGUCCGCGGGGGGUGGCAGUGGUGGGUGCGACGAAUCGCGAAGGGAGUGUGGGUAAUACGAUUUGCAGGAACUUGCAAGCGGAAGGUCGGCAGUUCGAGUUGUAUAUGGUGAAUCCGAAGCGUGUGAGUGUAUUGGGCGACAAAUGUUGGCCGUCGGUGUCGGCGAUUGAGGGCACUCCGGACCUGGCGGUGGUAGUGACACCGGCGGCAGUGUGUGCACAGGUGUUGGAGGACUGUGCAGCAAGCGGCAAAGUGCGGGGCGUGGUGGUGAUCGCGGCCGGCUUCAAAGAGGUGGGGGCGGAGGGUCUGAAGAUGGAAGAGCAAUUAGUGGAGAUUGCGGCCCACAACAACAUGGCCAUUGUGGGCCCGAAUUGUCUUGGUGUACAGUCUCCACACCACCUGCUGAACGCCUCCUUCGCGGCAGCGCCAGCGCGGCCGGGACCGGUGGCCUUCAUUUCCCAAAGCGGGGCGAUGUGUACAGCGGUGCUGGACUGGUCGUUGGAGACUCGAGUUGGAUUUUCCGCUUUCGUAUCUCUGGGUUCCAUGGCCCACGUCGAUUGGGGUAGUCUGCUCACUUACUUCGGCGAGGACGCAGACACUCAGGCGGUCAUCAUGUACAUGGAAAGCAUCGGCGACGCUCGCGGGUUCGUCGCCGCAGCCACCUCCGUGGCCCGGCGCAAGCCAAUCAUUGUCAUCAAAGCCGGCAAGACCGAGGCGGCGGCCGCUGCCGCCGUCUCCCACACCGGCUCCAUGACCGGCAGCUAUGACACCUUUGUCGCAGCUUUGCGCCGUUGCGGCUGCCAGGUUGUCGGCUCGAUGAAGGAGUUCGAAAACGUCGCGCUUCUCAUGGCAAAACAGCCUGCUCCCAGGUCCGAACAUGCCGUCGUCAUAACCAACGCAGGCGGCCCUGGUGUCCUCUGCACGGACGCCGUCUGCGGCGCUGGAAUGCAACUCGCCCACCUACAGCCCAACCUGAUUGCCAAACUCAGCCAAAUCCUCCCCGCUGCUUGGUCCAGGAAUAACCCUAUCGAUGUGCUCGGAGACGCCACGGAAAACGGCUAUCAACGGACGCUCGAGACCCUCAUAGACGAAAUGAACGCGCCUAACGGCCGUGAUUCGGGACUCAGUCCGGACACAGCCUUGCUCGUGUUGCUUUCGCCGCAGUCGGUCACGCGACCUCUGGAGACAGCAAAAGCUGUAACUGAGACCGUGGCCAAGGCGAGGCAGGCAGGACGCUUCCGGGGGCCGCUAGUCUGUUCGUGGAUGGGUGGUCCCGCGGUGAGUUCGAGCAAGGACUGGUUCCACGAACAGGGAAUCCCAUGCUAUGAACAACCCGACAUGGCGGCGUAUGCCCUCGGGCACUGGGUACAGCAACAGAAGCUCGCAAUGAGCAUGACCCAAGCGCCCAAGUCCCUCGGUGCUGAGGAAACCGCAGGUGGAAGGCAAUUACUGAACCGGCUCAUCGAGACUUACAAAGCCACACACGGCACACAGUUUACGCUGUCUGAACACGACUCAAAGGAACUCCUCAUGGCCUAUGGACUGCCGGUGGCUGCCGGCAUUGUGUGUACCAGCGAGCAAGAGGCCGUUGCGGCGGUCGCCAGCAAUCGCGUAGGAGGUUUCCCUGUGGUCAUGAAAAUUCAUGGCGGGAAAUUUACUCAUAAAUCUGACAUUGGAGGCGUCCAUUUGAACCUGAACACGCAAGACCAAGUACUGGCAGCCUUUAGAGACAUCGAGACAUCCUACCGCAAGUUAGAUCCCGCCGGGUUUGAGGGAGUAACUGUACAGAAAUGUGUCGAUGUCAAGGGCGGUACGGAACUCAUAUUCGGAUGCACCCAAGACCCGCAACUUGGGCCCAUAAUUACAUUCGGAGCUGGAGGAACCAUGGUGGAAAUUUUCAAGGACGUUGCCACAACCCCAGCUCCACUUGGUAUUGAAGAAGCAGCCAAACUUGUCAAGUCAACCAUGAUCAGUAAAGCUCUUCUGACCAACAACGAUGAACGUAGUUCAUCACCUAACCAGCGAUUCAAGGGCUGCAACCCUGGACAACUGUACUCGUUCAUUUCAAGGUUUAGUCUGGUCUGCGUCGACCUUUGGGAGUACGUCACGGAGUGCGAGAUGAACCCGGUCAUUGCGGGACCACAAACACUCAUCGCCCUUGACGCACGAAUCGUUAUCGACACUGAAAAGCGGGUCGUCGAUCCAGCCAUGACCUUUUUAGACAGUUUACAGGGUUAG